AUGAUGCCUCAGAGGAACCCCUUGUGUCCAGCAAUGGAUCAGUCCGAUCCUGAUCUCCCUUCCAGACGCUGCCAGGUGGACUGUACCACUGAGGUGGCAGUGGAGGGAGGUCAGAGGAACGGGGGUGGUGCCGCUUCGUCCUCCCCAGAGAGUAGCAGCGUGAACGGAGACGUCAACGGUAAACGCAGUGGGAAGAGGCGUCGCCGUCGUAAACGCUCCGCUCAACCCGACAACCGCCCGGCUCCUGUUGCCAUGGUGACUCAGCCGCCACCACCACCUGGCCAAGAGCAAGGGGAGGAGCCCCAGCUUUGCCAGGGGGGCAGUAGCCACACCUCUACCAACCCUGCUCCUGACUCCCCCAGCGCGGUCCUGCUCGGCCUGCGGUCUGAGUGUGGUUCAGUGUGGUUUGACCGCAGUGUGUAUGAGCAGGCUGAGAGUCUGUAUCACUGCUGGUUGGCACACUCUGCCAACGGGGCGAUGACACGGCCCAGCGGCUCACCCCCAACCCUGACUGCUGACAACCACCCCACCUCCCCUCAACCCUCACUAUCACCCUCAGCCCCGAACCACCCCAGAACCCCUCCACCCAUAGUCGCCGAAGAGCAUCGCAUUGUUGCAGAGCCCCUGCAGCCAGCAGCCCCAGACUUCCUAGCCCUCCCUGCCAACAGCCCCAGCACGCCAGAUGAGGGGUACCUGUCCCUGACCCAGACCCCCCAGGCAGCCUCCACAUCCCCACUGACCCCAGCCCUGGCCCCUGGCCAGCCGGUGAAUGGGCUCCCCCGUCUCCCCAUGGAGCUGCUGAGGGACGUGUGGCUGGAGAAACCUCUCUACGACCGGGCCGAGGCAGCCUUCUACCAGAGCCUCUACGGAAGCAACCGCUCUCCCACCGGCAACAACCUGGGUAGUGGAGCUUCCGCCUCACGUACCAACCCCAAUGCUCCCUCAACCUCCAGAGGUAGUGGAGACCACCCACAUAGUCUUGUUGAGGAGGAGGAGGAGGAGGAGACAGAAGUGGUAGAAGAAGCAUCCGUGGUCUCGCAGGGGAAGCUCGAAAUCUUCCAUUCUCUGCGCACAAUUCAGGAGGAGGAGGAGCCUGCUGACGUCGCAGAGGAGGAAGGCGUAGCCAUGUCGGUGGGAGGAGUCUGUUACUUCCUGCAUCCUGACAGUGAGAGGGUGUGGCUGGACCAGGGACGCUAUGAGGCUGCAGAGAGCCGUUUCUACAGUUACCGCCAGAUUGUACCUGCAGAGUCAACAGUAGCAGACCGAGAGGAGGGGGCUCGUGGGAAAGAAGGUGCUGGGGUGUCGGCCACAUCGUUACCACAACCGUCAUCGUCAUCGGUCGCCUGCACCGGCCCUCUGAGGGACAAGUAUGACCCAUCCCAGGAGACUGGACCUCUACAAACACAGCCAGCUUCAUUUACUCUUUCUCCUUUUCCCCUUAUUUUUUAUCCUUUUCAGUGAUGUUCUAUGUCUUGAUUUGGUUCAUUUGUUUGUUUCACAUAAUUUAGUUCACUUUGUGUUUUGUUUGCUCAUUUGUCUCUUUGUGUUUUUAUUCGGUUUUAGAUGUUAUCCUUUUCAGUUUUUCUUUUUUUCUUGCUUGAUGUGUUUUACUCAAUGUUAGUGGUUUUCAAAGAUUUAGCUUACUUCUAAGGAUGAUGUUAGCAGACGUGAGGGGUGGGUGUGACUGGGAAAGAGAAAAGUGGUCUUGUCUGUAACUUGUGGGACACAGAUGGUUAAAACAGAGGGACACAAGCUUUCUGAUGGACUGAAUGUUACCUUACUAACCAUUGUUAUCCUCUCCUCUCUCUGUCCGUGUAGCACCAUGAGUUCAGCAGUAGACUACUUUGUCCAGGAGAAGAUCUGGUUUGAUAAGCCUCGCUAUGAUGAGGCGGAGAGACACUUCUACGAACACAUUAACAGCACCUCUCACCCAGCACAGGUAGCACAUUCCUUUAGUUUGUGUGUGUGUCAAUGCUCUCCACCCUCUGUGUCUGUAUCUUCCUCACACGUCACCACCUGAUAUCGACUACUGCAUUUUUGGGAAAGAGCUAGCAAGAAAGGCAUUUCACUGUACUUAUGCACGUGACAAUAAAACUUGAAAUGUCUCUGGUGUGUGUAUGCCUACAUCCUGUCAGACCUGGUCUCCUGUACUGUACCCUGUAGGAGCUGGGAGCCAACACCAUCCUGCAGGACAUAGCCCGGGCAAGAGAGAACAUCCAGAAGUCCCUAGCAGGAGUGAGUUAUAAUAUAAACCCAUCCAAGCCUUUUUACAACCCAUCUAUCUCACAUGAUCUGUUUUAAAGCUGCACUGAAAGUAAGAUGGUUAUAUUUAAUAUAGAUACUUUAUUAAAUGUAGUUUUACAGGGACAGUGCACAUUAAUUAACAUUACUGUAAAUGUGCCAGUUUUAGCCAGCCGGCUAGUUUUCUACUGCAGUCCCUGUUUGUCUGUUACAUGGUCAAACACACGUAAGCCGGCUGAACCAGCCAUAUCUGACCACACGGUUAAGGCUACACGUCACAGGGAAACAUGAGGUGUGUUUACUUUGACCCUGAGCUGCUGCUAAGAGCCUUGAAAACCCUGGGUCAUAUUCAUUAGUGCACGCAAUGGAAAACGCUUUACAACAAAAACGAGCGUUUUUUUUUGGGACAAGUUCAGGUAAUUACGGUCGGUAUGGUUUCUAGUGAAUACAACCCAGGUCUAUCACUUUCACUUGGAGAACAAACAGGUGUAUGCGUGUGUGCUUUUCAUGCUCUGGCUUAGUUAACAGGAAAUCCUGAUGUGUGAUUUCGCGAGUUGUCACGGGUAUCUGUGUGUAUUUAAUUUCAGGCCCAGCCAUUCCUGCAUGUUUUAGUAGUAUGUUGUGGUUCGGAUGUGUUGGUUUAAGCCUCAGGUGUGUGUGUGUGUGUAGGUUUCCACAGGUGUAACCUGCUGAGGCAAGAUUUCUAUUUGUGCAAAAGCAUGAUUUCUUGCAUGACUGGCUAGCCCUUCAUUUCUCCGAUUCCUCUUUAGACCAACCCUGGGUAUACUGUACCUCUGCCUGAUCCACCUUGUAGCUUUCGCUCUCUUUCUGCCACAGUCCCUUCUGCACCUCCCAACCUCAUUCAACUCGUUCCCUCUUUCCCUUCCUCCCUCCUUCCUUCUCUCCCCACACCCCAGCUGAAGAAUUCGCUGUUACCUAGCAGAGGCUUUGAUCAACCCCAGAACCCCCAUCCCGUAAGUGUUCCACUGUGUGUCACAGUAGCUAGAGACCCCCCCCCCCCCCCCCCCAAGAGCAAGGUCACAGACUUGUGCACACACUCACACAAACAAACAAACCCUUGUUCCUCCUUCAUUCUCCCUGAAUGAUGGGUCUGCUUCUCUGUCUCUGUCUAUCUGUCUCCAUGGUCUGCCCUGUCCUUAUCCACCCUCCUCUGAGCUUACUCCCUCUCUAUGUGCUGCUGAUAUUGACACUUGUGUUUGUUUGGUUUUCAAAGAGUUGUGAUUGGUCAGCUUCAGGAUUCUAAUAUUUGGACACCUCCAUGUAUAAUGCUCCAGAGGGGUUACCUGGGUUUCUUGAAACUUUCGUCUGAUCAUCACCAAGACCACACUCUAAAGUACCCUUUCUUCCUCAGUGAGACAGCUUUGCAUGAGCUGCAAUUGUAGCUGUUGUUGGCCAUUCUGUGCCUCUAGCUGCCUCUGUGCCUGUAGGUGAUGGUGGUUAUUUAUGUGGUGAUGUAUGAUGUAGAACUGUGUUCAUCCUAUUCAUGUCUGCACUGUCUCCUCAAUUUAACUGGUUGUGGUGGUACCUGAGUUUAGCCACUAGAGGUUACUGGUGAUAUGCUUAGUGAUCUGCUGACACUUUCGUGUGUGUGUGUUCAGAGUGCAGCUAAUGGGGUAGGAGAUCAAGGCGAACUCAUCACACGGAUUAAGAGCCUGGAGCUAGAGAACCACAGUCUGCACCAAGGUGUGUGUGUGUGUAUGUAUACUGAACAAAAAUGUAAACGCAACAUGUAAAGUGGUGGUCCCAUGUGUCAUGAGCUGAAAUAAAAGAUCCCCAAAUUGUCCAUAUGCACAGAAAACAUAUUUCUCUGAAAUGUUGUGCACAAAUUUGUUUACGUCCCUGUUAGUGAGCAUUACUCCUUUGCCAAGAUAAUCCAUCCACCUGACAGGUGUGGCAUAUCAAGAAGCUGAUUAAACAGCAUGAACAUUACACAGGUGCACCUUGUGCUGGGGGCAAUAAAAGGCCACUAAAAUGCGCAGUUUUGUCUCACAACACAAUGCCACAGAUGUCUCAAGUUUUGAGGGAGCGCGCAAUUGGCAUGUUGACUGCAGGAAUGUCCACCAGAGCUGUUGCCAGAGAAUGGAAUGUUAAUUUCUCUACUAUAAGCCGCCUCCAACGUCGUUUUAGAGAAUUUGGCAGUACGUCCAACCAGCCUCACAACCGCAGACUACGUGUAACCACGCCAGCUCAGGACCUCCACAUCCGGCUUCUUCACCUGCGGGAUUGUCUGAGACCAGCUACCCGGACAGCUGAUGAAACUGAGGAGUAUUUCUGUCUGUAAUAAAGCCUUUUUGUGGGGAAAACUUCAUUCUGAUUCGCUGGUCCUGGCUCCCCAGUGGGUGGGCCUAUGCACAUCCAUAGAUUAGGGCCAAAUUAAUUCGUUUAAAUUUACUGAUUUCCUUAUGAACAGUAACUCAGUAAAAUCGUUGUCACAUGUUGCGUUUUAUAUUUUUGUUCAGUGUAUGUAAUCUUAUAGAAGUGUGUCCACAUGUAUAGAGAUGAAAUUACCAAUCUGUAAUGUUACUGAAAGGUGUGUUUGUUUCCCUUUUUGUGUACAGAAUGUCUAAUCUGUAUUGCAAAUGUUAUAACUAAUCUGUAAUCUUACUGACUUUCUUUCUUCUGUGUCUCUGUAAGUGGUGGAGGACCUGCGGUCAGCUCUGUCUAAAUUGGAGUGUCGGGUAGCGGUUCUGGAGAAAUCACCGUCGGCAGCUCCAGUCUCUGCAGCCCCCUGUACAAACGUAAGUCCCUCUCGCUCUGGUCCUGUGUGGCUUAGUUGGGAAGAGCUUGGUGCGCGCAAUGCCAAGGUUGUGGGUUCAAUUACCGCAAGGAUCGCAAACACAUACUAAAAAUGCAUGCACUCACUGUAGUCUGUCGCUUUGAAUAAAAGCAUCUGCUAAGUGGCCAUUGUCUUUCGACAGAUGGCGUCAUUCUUACGGGACAAGUAGCCAUGGACUAUUAUUAGUGCAUACUGAGUCGUCGUGUCUUCUGACGUGACACAAAGCGGCAUAUAUUUUUAUGUUCAUAUGUCUACCCCUGUGUGUAUAUGUGUGUGUGUGUGUAUAUAUAUAUAUAUGUAUAUAUAUAUAUAUAUAUGUGUAUAUAUAUGUAAUAUGUAUUUAUUUAUCUACCUCUCCCCUCCUCUUCAGGGAACCUCUGUCCAGCAGCAGAAGACCAGCCCCCCAGUGGAGGAUAUAGAUGAUGAUGAUGAUGAUAUGGAUCUGUUCGGCAGCGAUGAAGAGGAGGAUGCGGAGGCUGAGCGAAUCAAAGAGCAGAGGCUGAAAGAGUACGCAGAGAAGAAGGCAAAGAAACCCACCCUCAUCGCAAAGUCCUCCAUCCUAUUGGACGUCAAGCCUGUAUGUCACAUAGACCCCGCACUCUUCCUAACGCUCUCUCAAAUCACUAUACAGUAUUUAAAAAAUAUUAAUGGUAUUUUUGUGUCUUCCUUUGUGUGUUCAUGACAUUAAAAUCUUCUUCCCUGUUAUGUUCUUCCCCUCUCCCACCUACCCUCUCUCCCUUCCUCCACCUCCCUCCCUCCCUCCACUCUCUUACAGUGGGAUGAUGAGACAGACAUGGUUAAGCUGGAGGAAUGUGUGAGGUCUGUUGUCGCUGACGGUCUACUUUGGGGUCAGUCGAAGCUGGUUCCCGUGGGUUAUGGUAUCCGGAAGCUACAGAUCCAGUGUGUUGUCGAGGACGACAAGGUCGGGACAGACCUGCUAGAGGAGGAGAUCACAAAGUUCGAGGACUAUGUGAGUACAGGCGCGCGCACACACGUAAUCCUUGGGGGGUCCACAAUGAAGGAUCACAUUUAAACUGACACACACACACUUUGUACAGGUUAGCUUACCCAAAUUAGAGAUGGUUGUGUACUUUACCUUGAUGAAUGUUAUCUCUAGUCUCUUGUUCUGCAGGUCCAGAGUGUUGACGUAGCAGCUUUCAACAAGAUCUGAUUCCACCUUCCUCUUCAUUGGGCCCGUCCCACAUGGCACUCCAUUCCCUCUGUAGUGUUCUGCUUUAGACCAGAACCCUAUGAGCUGGUCAAAGUUAGUGCACUAUGUAGAGAGUAGCGUGUCAUUUGGGACGUAGCAAUUUCCCAGUCCGUCCCUUGCUGCUGUUUGUCACACGGUUAAUAAUAAAGAGCUUUUGGU